UGUAUCAGCUGCUGCAGGAUCGAGAACUGCAGGUUUCUGAGGGGGAGACAAGAGGAGAGAAGGAAAGCACAGGGCGUUGGGGUAGAGCCAGAAUUGGAAGAUUUAAGAGCCAACAUGUGUCAAGGUACUAGCUGGUCCUUUCCUGUUCAAUUUGCCAGAAAUCAAGAAGUACUCAAUAAGAAUGUGGAAAAGAACUUAAGUUGCCAGGAAAGCCCUUGGAUAAACAACAGCUGUGAAUUAAUCAGGGAUUUAAGAUGAUGGGCUGAUAGGCAUCAUCAGUCCACACCUAUUUCCUAAUAAAAUUGGACACAGCAAUGAAUAUGGCAAGGUGACAUCAUAACAUCCAACAAUUGUUCAACUCUGCAACUACAUAGUAUCUCAGCUUGCAAUGUGAAUUUGUUCUGUGGUCAGACAUUAAAAAAUCAGUGUUGUGAUUCAUUCUUCAUGUAAACUCCAUUGAACAAAACACUAGUUGUUUCAGUAUUGCUAAUUAUAUUUAGAACAACUUGGAAUUCCUAAGUGGAUCAAGAAACUUGCCACAUUUUCUUUUUAACAGUUUACCCUUGUAAAGAUUUUACCUUUCAAUGAUCAGAGACUGUGGUCAACCACUUUGUAAAAUAAUUAAGGGGAGUAACCUUGAUCAUUGCUGUAACUUUGCAAUAUAUUCAAGACUAUGAGGAGACCGAAUAAACAUCGACAGCUCCAAUUCUUUAGUCUGUUCAGCAGGAAACCUAAAUCAAAAUCAAAGCUGGAGAUGUCCACAGUUGCAGUUGAGGGAAUACGUGCAAAAACUGAAAAUGAAGAUGAAAAGAAAAUGUCCUCCACUAACAGAACAACGCACUCAUCCAGUAAUGAACAGUUGUUGGGUACACUAGAGUGCCCACUCUGUCUUCUUAGCCAACCUCGAUCCCAGUUCCCAGAGAUCACUUCUUGUCACCAUCGUUCUUGCCUGGCUUGUUUACAGCAAUAUUUGAAGAUUGAAAUUACAGAGAGUCGGGUCAAUGUUGCCUGUCCAGAAUGUUCUGAGUUAUUUCAUCCAUCGGACAUCCGCAUGAUUCUCAACAAUGGCAGUUUGAUGGAAAAGUACGAGGAGUUCAUGCUGAGAAGAUACCUUGCAUCAGACCCAGAUGCCCGAUGGUGCCCUGCACCUGACUGUAGCUAUGGAGUAAUCGCCAGUGGCUGUGCAACUUGCCCAAAGCUGACAUGUGAGCGGUCAGGGUGUGCGACAGAAUUCUGUUACCACUGCAAACAACUUUGGCACCCAGAUCAAACUUGCAGUGAGGCUCGAAAGCAGAGAGAUGUGUUUGUUGCUGGAAUAGAAAAGCACUCUACCUCUCUUAUUCACAGUGAAGAAUCAGACAAUGCUGAAGAGAUCAAGCCAUGUCCACGCUGUGGUGCUUUUAUUCUGAAGAUGAACGAUGGAAGCUGUAAUAGAAUGACAUGUGCUGUGUGUGGUUGCCAGUUCUGCUGGCUGUGCAUGAAGGAGAUUACAGAUCUGCACUACCUCAGUCCCUCUGGCUGCACUUUUUGGGGUAAGAAACCUUGGAGCCGGAAGAAGAAGAUUCUCUGGCAAGUGGGUAUGUUGGUUGGUGCUCCAAUUGGAAUUACCUUGAUUGCGGGCAUUGCUGUUCCAGUUAUGAUGGUUGGGCUCCCCAUCUACGUAGGCCGAAAGAUAUACAGCCGUUGUGAAAGUAACAAAAUAUCAAAACAUAGACGGAGGCUUGCUGUGGCUGGAGGAGUGGUUCUAUCGAUUAUCGUCUCUCCUGUGUUAGCUGCAAUAACAGUUGGUAUUGGGGUGCCUGUGAUGCUUGCCUACGUUUACGGUGUUGUCCCAGUGUCGCUAUGUCGCAGCGAUUGGUGUGGAGUUACGACGGGAAACGGAAAAGGAGUGAAGAUUGAAAUAGAUGAAGAUGCUGCCUCUGUUAAUGAGCCACGGCCUAGACUACAUGACCACAGUAUCAGCGGGAGCAGUGUGCAAGAGGUGACCAGUGGCCUGAGUGCAAGUGGAAGCAACCUAGACAGAGUGGGUGUCAAAUUAGAAAAUGAUCAAUCAGCAAGCACUGUUGCAUUAGCAGGAAGUAUGCUGAGUGCAGAACAGGAUUCUUCAAACAGGGAAGGAAAGAACAUAGAGGUCCACGUGGAUAUUGAAACAGAACCUGGUGGUGCAAAAGAUCGGAGUAGUAGUAGCUACUUGUCAGUUCACAGUUUGUCUAUGGAGUCACCAAACUGCUCAAGAGAACUAUUGUGUGGCACUAGUCCAAAUACCGAACGGAUUUCCAUUCAGACUUGUGUGUGAAAAGAAUUUAAAACUUUUCAUUUUUAAAUGUGGUAGUUUCUAACCCCCCAUAAAUCAAAGUUUAAAUGGAACAAAUAUGCAGAAUGUGGAAUUUCUGAGUUUUUACAGCUGUAAACGCUGAUAGCAUCUCAACACAACUACGCCCAUCUGCCUGCAUAAAGUUUGAUCUUCCUUAUUUUAGAAUUUUUAGUUUUCCUUUCAUUAAAAUAAAUUCUUAAAUUUUAAUACUGUUUAUCUGAUUUUUGCCUGAAAGUUUACAGACUUUCCAACCCACAGGAUUCCCAGAAAUUUUGAAGCUUUUGUCCUGCCUGUUGCACUUUGAUGUUUACACCACUUUCAGCUGCAUUAGCGGUGUCAUAGAGUGUGAUUUCUACUGUUUACCACCAUCUCCACUCUAUUAAAAUGUUGAUUAUUCGUCUAACCCAAGUACGAUUAAGAAUUUAAAGUAUAUAAAGGUAAGAAACUCUUGUAUAGAUUUAAUUUAAAAUGAUUUUGCACUCCACUAAAACAGCAAAUUUAUAUAAUGAAGCACUUGUUGGCUGAUAUUGGAAAUACUAAUAACUAGAAUUGAUCAGCUCUAACUGUUAAAACCUUGAGCCUUUUUUCCCUUUCUCUUCAUCCUUGUACUUAGAGCAUUCCUUUUCCUUGUGUCUUUUUUAAAAAUUUGAUGGAUUCCUUAAAGAGAAACAGGAGUUCCUAGGAGCCAUCAAAAAUGAAAACCCUAUUAUCGUAGGAUUUCAGUUUCACCCUGCCUCCCCUAACAGAAUAUUAGUGGUGUCAUUGCAACUGGUCGCUUUGAUUUAGACAUUAACAAGGUGGUUGAUGGAAAGGGAGACUUUCUCACUCUUUUCUUUCAUUUGGCAGUUUUAAUCGAAAAUAUGAUGCCCACUUCACCAUGUUAACAUAAUUGAUUCAAUACUGCUUAAGAUAAAAUACUUAUGAAUUCAAUCUGUAUGUUUAUACUGAAUGGAAAAUUAAAACUGUAAUUUUGACAGACACUGUACAGGAUUUGACUGAAGAUGUGCAGUCAGAGAAUUAAAAUCCUGACUAUGCUUCAAACAGCAAUUUUUUUCAGCUGUAUGAGUAAAUAUAAUGGUGUUUAUCUGAUGUACGCACACGAGCUGUUUCUACUCCUUCGCACCUCAUCCUCUGUUUCUCUGCCUGCCCUGCCAUUUUUCUGCUCCCACUCUGUAUCUCUGCCCCUCAUUUCAUGCAGACUCUCCGAAUCUUAGGCUGAAACCCAUUAGAAACAACUAUUUUUGGUCCAUUACACUGCCUCCUGGGGAUGUUCAGUUUGCACCAGGUGUUGUAGCGAGCAAUUAGCAUUACUCCCACUGAAUUAAGGGUGCUAAAAUUCAGCUGUUUUCUUCACACAGGCACACAUGUCUAUCUCAUAUUAUUUGCAAUUUGCAGUUGCUGAAUGUUUUUAGUUUGGACACUACUUAAGUAAGGAUCACAAUUAGGUCAGAUGCUUUAUGUUUAUGUUCAUAAUGCAUUCCCCGAGUUAGUGAUGUAAACUCUUAUGUCUAUUACUACUUGACUUCCUGAUGUAUCCCUACUGAGAAUAAACAAGAUUUUCAAUCCCCUUUGACCAAAGUUUAAAACUCACCUGUUUGGAGACAAAUCAUUUUUCCAAACACACUACUUUUCCUAAACUAAACAUUGCCCAUUUUGCCAACAACAAAUGUUCUUCCCUUCAUUAAAAAAAUGGAAAAACAUUGUCAACACUUUUCAGAAACAUUAUUUGUUUAAAAACAGAGUUUAUUGAUGUAAAAACUCAGGCUUAAAAUUUCAGUAAAUAAUUUCUAGAGUCUGUGACGUUUUGCUGAUAUUGACCACUGGAGGGGGUGGUUUUCAUUUAAGUACAAGAAUACUUGAGCUGUCAAAGUAACAAGUGAUUUUCUGAUUUUCUUCAGGAUUGAUUGUGUCACCUUCUGAUUGUGGCUCUGUGAAAAUCCACCAGAAGACACUUUAACUCCUGAGCUCAAUUUCAAACCAUGACAACAGCAUGCUGGCUUUUCCAUUCUGAUACUGUGUUGUGAAAUUUGUCUUCUGUGUGCAAUGAGAAAGAGACUAAACACAAACAUGCAUUUUCACUACUGUCUGACUCUGGAAUUGUAUGACCAGUGAAAGUUUUUUUUUGCCUAUUUUAAAGGCCAACUUGCUGGAAAGUAUUGCUACUACAUAACCAGGAAUACCUGUUAAAUACAGAACCGGAGUUGGCACAGCCUUUCCAUAACGUGUCAGGUUCCAUUCCUCUGUAGAUCCAGAGACCUCAAAGUGCCAGGAAUAUUCAUUUUGGUAUCUGGAAUUCUUGUAGAGAAGCUGAAUGGAAUCAACUUUAAAAAGACAUAAGUCGUUAGAAAAAUGUAUGGCAAUUAAAUUGAAAGCUUCAAAAUGCUCAGCACAAAACAUUAAUCUGUAAGAGUUUGGUACAGCAUGUUUAAAAUCUCAAAUGUGCAUAAUAACAGCAAAUAAGUUACUGGGUGGUGGUGUUGAAUUAAAUGUGGUCAGUUUUAACUUGAUAUCAGCUCAAAAAUAUUAUUCAUGUGGCCAAUGUUGAUUAUGGUCCCCUGAUGAUCAUUGUAUGACAAUUGGCACAUUUACAGUCUCUGUACUCUAAAUUGUAAAACUUAUUGCUGCAGAACAUUUUGAGCAAGUCUCAUUACAGUCCGGGACACACUAUUCUAUUACCAUGUUGGAUUGUGCAUUACAGAUUGACUUGUUCCAUCUUCAAGAAGCUAUUUCCAUAUCUUGAAGGGGCAUCCCUUCAUUAAAAGGGCACCAUGUGUUCAUGUUGCUAGUAUCAUACAAAGAAGGCAAUUUUUUACCAUUUCCAUAGCAUUGCUUAUUUCAAAAACAAUCUUUUUAAAAACAUGAAUAAUGAAUUACAGUGCUCCGCAUACAAUGAUGUAAACUGUACAUUGUUUCAUGCACUAGCAUCUGAAACACUUCUAGUUUAGUCUGUGAAGAUUAUGUUUGGUCCACUGUGUGUUACUUCAAAGUUGCAAAAGUGGAUGGUAAAUCCCGGAAAAAAAAGUGUACUUUUUUUAUUUGAGGAAGUCUUGCAUUGGAUGUGAUUUAAUACUCAUUUUUGGUCACCAUUUAAAAGUCACUAAGUGAAUAUUUUGCAAUAUUUUAAGUGUUUUGCAAGUUGUUUGUCAAGGGAUGCUCCACACAAAAUAUAUGAUUUGCUUAAAUUUGGUUCAUGCCUAUUAAACAGAAGCCAAAUUUUAAUAACAUAUAUAGUCACCAAUCAUUAUAACUUCUGCUUCGCUGUGGUAGUAACAUAACCAAUAAGACCAUAAGGUAAAAGAGCAGAAGCAGGCCAUACAACCUAUCGAUGAUAAUAAAAUGUGAGGCUGGAUGAACACAGCAGGCCAAGCAGCAUCUCAGGAGCACAAAAGCUGACGUUUCGGGCCUAGACCCUUCAUCAGAGAGGGGGAUGGGGGGAGGGAAC